AUGGGUUUCUUUGAGGCGUGUACCCUCAUCGUCACCCCCAUCCCUCGAUCCCCCCGCCCGGUCAUUUCUCUUGCUUCUGCCGUCCCGGUUUCUGCCUUCCAACGCCUAUGUCUGGACCUUCGGUCUACCGUACCAGUUCCUGCUACCAGAGUAUCGGACCUCGACACAGACUGGCUGGACAAUGACCUGUCAGCACUGCUUGUUGACACACAAGUCCCGACUCCAUUUAGGGAGUCCUUCGCCCGAAUCGAGCUUUGGCACACGGGCUGCUCUCCCGAUGUCGACAUCUGUGCACUCCAUGUCUAUACGGACGGCUCGGCUUCAGUUGCCGCACAGGACAUUUCGCCAGCAUCCUGGGCCUUUGGUGUCUGGUGUGAGACGUCUCAGGGACUCUUCUACUAUGGCGGGGCUUCGGGGUGUGCGGCUCCACCCAACACCCCGUAUCAUGUGGGUGAGGCUGCGGACACGCCUGUGCAGGCUGAACUGCUUGCCCUCAUUUGGGCCCUUUCAUGGACGGUACAAUAUGCUCUACCCCUGAGCCCCCAGGUCUGCUUCCAUUAUGAUGCCACCAGUGUCGGACUUGGUGUUUUCGGGGAGCACCGGGCCGUCAACUGUGAGACACUGCCAGGGGUGCCGGCCCUAUCUGUUUUCGCAGGGCACAUGAGGCAGUAUGCAGAUCAGCUCCUUCACAUCACUCAUGCUCAUGUCAAAAGCCAUACAGGAUGUGUGCCCAAUGAGCUUGUAGACCAACAGGCCAAGCGCAUCCGACGGGCUCCGGAGUCUGUUUGGGAGCGCUGUAUGCCGCUGUGGCCGGCUCGACUUGCCCGGCACCCGUUAGUUGCUUGGACGUGGAUGUUAUCUUCCUCUUCGCAUGACUUGCCGGCCCUUUUCGCACUGGAAAGCGAGUCCUACAGACUUCAAGGUUCGCCACACCUGCCAGAGGUCUUCCACAGGUAUGGACAUAGGGAGGUCCGCGUCGAUACAGGUCUUGUGCGGAUUGAGAUUGCUGCGGUCUCCUACAACGCUCUUACGCUUAAGGACAAGCGAGGCAAAGGCCAGCCGGCUUCUGUUGAAGAAGUAGGUCUCCGCAUCAUGGGCCGUCGUGCCAUCCUGAUACGCGAACUUGAGAAACAUGCCCCGCUGCUGGUCGGGAUACAGGAAACACGGCUGCAGGAGACAGCGGUGUUGCCGGACAGCCACUACAUAAUGCUGCAGGCUGGGGCCACCGGCCAAGAAGGUGUGGGUGGUUGUGCCCUCUGGAUUUCGAGACACCGCCCCUAUGGCUUUCACGAGGGUAAGCCUCUCUUCCUUCGGGAGGCUCAUGCGACGGUUUCCGGGUAUUCCCACCGACAUAUUCAUGUCUGCCUGGAGGCCCCUUUCCUCCGUUUGUUUGUAUCUGUCCUGCAUGGUCCCUCCCUUGCCAAUCACACAGAGACAGAAGUUUCGGCCUUCUGGAAGGACCGCCUUUGUGAAAUCCGGCGUAGGCCGCAGGGCAUGGAUUACCUCCUUCUUGUUGACUCCAACGCCAGGCUAGGCGACCUGGUCUCGGCAGCUGUUGGACCGCAUCAGGCAGAGUCAGAAACUCUGGCUGGAACGUUGUUUCACGACUUCGUCCUAACUCUGGAUGGCUUUGUUCCGGCCACGUUUUCUGAGUGCCAGACAGGCCCGGGCACGACUUGGUGCGGUACCAAUGGCAGCCUUCAUCGCAUUGACUAUGUUGUGCUUCCUCAGGCUUGGCGCUCCUUUGACAUACAAGCUCGUACACUUACAGGUUUUGAGGCCCUUCAGUUGCGUGAGGACCACACGCCAGUGUACGUUGCUGCUCGCUUUGGCCGCAAGCUGAAACCCGACCGCUAUUUUCAACCAGCCAAGGUUGUGCCUCGGCCACAGCCGGCCCCUGCGGGAGAGCCACGGGCAAAGCAGCUGGCCAUCCUUAGGGAGAUCCGCACGGCCCCGUGGACGGAGGAUGUUGAUUCUCAAUAUGACCACUUUGUCCGUACAUGGUCUGCGGUGGGUGUUCAACUUGACGAUACCCCCGCUCGACAGCUGACGCAGCCACAUGUCAGUGAGGACUCCCUUACACUCAUUGACACCUGCAGGGCCCUUAGGGCCUAUUUACGCCAGGAAGCCCAUGAACGUGAACACAGGCUGAAGAUGAUAGCCUUUGCUUCCCUUGUUCUCCACUGGUGUGGCUCUGCUUUCACGGAGCAGAGUGCCUUGACGGCAAGCAGGUGGCUGUGGCAGCUUGACUGGAGUGAGGCCCGAGCUGUUGCACUCUUGAAGUACUUUGUUGCGGCGUCUCGCAGGGCUAUCCGUGCUGACAGAGUGACCUACCUGCAGGGUCUUGUCACUCUUGUGAGCCAGAGCCAGAUCAGCGAUCCCAAGGCCCUUUACAAGGCGGUGCGGAAGGCCUUCCCUACAGCACGCUCCGCUCGGCGGAGCUCCUUCACGCCUCUCCCUUCUGUCAUUCUUCCCUCCGGGGUCAUGGCCGUCACCCAAGAGGAGAAAGCUGAAGGCUGGCGACAGCACUUUGGCGCGCAGGAGGCGGGAGAGCCUAUGGACUCUCCGGGAUACCUUGCCACUCUUCAAGACCGGCUCAGCCGCCGUACUGUCCCCUUUGAUAUCAACGCUGUUCCCAGCCUUUUUGAGGUAGAGCAAAUCAUCAUGGGCCUUAAGAAGGCCAAGGCCCCUGGUCCAGACGGGAUUUCAAGUGACCUUCUUCGACUUUGUCCUGCUUACUCUGCCAGGCACCUGUUUCCGGUUCUUGUCAAAUCGUCCAUCUCGGUUUGCGAACCCUUGGCUUUUCGGGGGGGCUCACUCCAUUGCUUGGCCAAGAAAGCGGGAGCGGCACUCCGGUGCCAGCAGUUUCGGUCAAUCCUCCUCGCUUCUACGCCGGGUAAGGUCCUUCACCGCGCUACCCGCAAUCGGCUGAUUCCGCUCCUUCAGACGCACGGUAGUCCCACCCAAGCAGGGACAGUGCCAGGGGUGGGCAUCGAGGCCAUGUCUUUGUUGGUGCGCACUUUUCAGGCCAGCCGUCAUCACAGUGUAGGACUGUGGUCCUUGAUUUUCUACGACCUCCAGGCAGCUUUCUACAGAGUCGUCCGUGAGACUCUCUUUGCUACCGAGGCAUCUGACGCUGAACUUUGUCAGCUCAUUCACAAACUUGGCUUGCCUCCGUCCGCCAUGGCUGAAUUGACUCGUCAGCUCCGGACCCUUGCUAUAUUGCCUGAUUUUGGCGCCAGUGCACACUUGGCGGCGGUGGUAGACGACAUGCUGCAGGCGACAUGGUUUACCAUCGGCUUCAACGAUGUUGUCACCCUUACCCGUAAGGGUUCUAGGCCAGGAGAUCCGGCUGCCGACAUCAUCUUCUCGUUGGUUUUUGCGGCCUUUGUCAGAUCGGUCGAAGCUCGCCUUCGAGCUCUCGACCUCUUGCCGGCUGUCACUGUCAAGGGACCCUUGCAUCCAUGGGCUUCUGUGGAUGGCCCCACUGGCUUGGGCCUACCGUCGUGGGCUGAUGACUUUGUGUCGCCCAUUGCUGGAGGCAGUCCGCGGCAGCUGCUCGACAAUUCCCGGCAGACGGCACGUGUAGUGCAAGAAAUUGCCACGGCAAUUGGGAUGAGGCUCACCUAUGCUCCGGACAAGACAGCCGCCCUCUUUCCAUGCGGUGUUGAUUGGCUGCAACACGGCGCGGAGGUUGACCCAGAGCUUGGUGUAGGGUUUGUCGUUGCCGACAGCCUCUCAGGGGAGGCUCACCACGUUCCCAUUGUUGAUGCAUACAAGCACCUUGGCCACAUACUGACGUCCUCUACCAAGCCACAGCCGGACAUACAGCUCAGACGUUCCCGUGCGCAAAGCGUCAUUAAGUUUGUACAUUCCAGUGCCGCGGUUAUUCUUACCGCGGCGACGCAUGAAAAGCUGUGGGAUCGUGCUUUUCUGGAUCUCUGGCGUCCCCUGAUUCCCAGGACUGCGGCGGACAAACAGGCACACUCCUUCGAGGUGCUCCGAACUGCCGAGGCACCGUCACCACCUUUGGCCAUGGCGCAUGCGCGGGCCAAUUUCCUCAGACAGCUUACCAGGCACGGUCCGGCUGUCCUGCGCUUCCACUUGUGGCAGCACUGGCUUGCCCACCCCAAGAGUUCUUGGCUCUCUCAAGUGGAGGCGGAUGUUGACCUUGUUCUCCAAUACCGGCCGGACUUGGCCCCGCUUUUUCCUGCCUCCUCUCGUGUUUCCACGUUGCUUGAGGCCUUGCAGGAGGAUCCCGGAUGGUGGCUUAGUCAGGUAAAAAAGGCCUGCAAGGUCUUUCAGCGAGACCUAGCAUCUUGGCAUCAACAGGGCAGUCCCUCAGUUGCGGCACCCCAGGAGGACGCCGAUGCGACAGUGCCAGUGCGGCCCCAUCAGUGUCCAGUGUGUUCCGCCUGCUUUCAAUUCCGGAAACAUUUGGGAGCUCAUAUGGCCAAGGCCCACAAAACCUGGAGCCCUACCCGGCAUUAUACCUUGGACGUGUACUGCCAUGCCUGCCAUGUUUGGUAUGGCACGGUCUCUCAGGUUAAUUUCCACUUGAAGCGCUACCCUGAGUGCCUACGCAGGGUCAGUAUGCUCUUCCCACCCCUGUCCACUCCCCAGAUACGUUCUGUGGAAUUUGAAGAACAAAAGCUCGCCCGCAAAGUCCGUCAGGGCCAAUGGGCCAGCUACAAGGGGGUGAGACAACGCUCCAUCUUCUACGGUCCACGUACCCCUACGGCUUCCGAGCGCAUGGAGGGAGUAGACUUUUUUGAUGAGAGUUGUUCUCUUUCUGAUCUGCGAAAGGUGUUUCAGCCAGACCCCGCAGAUGUAGAGUGGAUUGAGCAGUACAUUUCAGAGCGCUCUUCGGAAGGUGCCCUGCGGGUACAGGCGCCCCCUCCGCAUUGGGGUGGCACAAGAUGCCAGGGCGUUGUGCUUCGGCAAGCAGAAGGCCAUCCUCAGGUUCGUGUGUUCGCCUCUCCCGUUCCAGGGGCUGCGGUGCUGGGCACAGUUCCCAGUCCAAGCCACGCGGUGGAACUCGGAGUCAUUGAGCCCUUUGUACAGGUUCAAGUGGGUACGAUGACGGGCUGGGUCGGCGCGAAGAACGUGGUCCGAACCCCAGCAGUCUCUGCCACACCUUGGCAGCCCGAGGCUCAUGCAUGGGCCCCAUCGCCACAGCCAAAUCCAGUCGUGGCGCAGCCCCCGUCGCCCUGCCCUGGUGCAGAGCCACCGUUGCCGCUGAAGGUGCCGGGUGCAUGUCCUCCGAGCAUGGUGAGUGCAUCUGCGUCAACCUCUUCAGCUGGCAGUGCUGGCUUCAGCCCUUCGUGGCACCAGGCCUCUGCCAAGUCUGCUUCGUUGCCAUCCUACACCUCGCCCUCAGCAGGGCGACUGCAAGGGCCGGACUAUGACUGGAUACGAAAAGCGAACGGCCCCGGCGAGCGGCAAAUGAGGCGCAGCGCCGCGGAGGAGACGAUCGCCGUAUGUAACGCAGGUGGAUAUGUCUUGGACGGCCGGCAGUUCGACUUGGUUGCGGUUGCCGCGCUGCGCGCACAAACACGCCUUGUCCAUGGACCCCACGCGAUGCAGAAGGGGGCCCCAAAAGCGCGGCUGCAGCGCCAUGCGCCAGGCCGCCUGCUUGACGUGGCAUGUGAGCUGACGUCUUGGGGGCGCAAGGUUGCCGUGGUCAACGCUGCAUCAGCCUACCAU